AGUCCUUGGUUCCCAAAAAAAAAAAAAACACCUUCUUUGCCGUUUGAACGGUUUGACCUCUUGCGGUUUUCAGAUAUUGAGCAUCUAAGCUAGGGACCCAAGAAAAUCGAACAUGGAAGAAGCCAAAGAAUUCCUCCAACUAAACAAGGAAGAAGCAGAGAGCGUUUCCCGACUCACUAUCCACCCUCAUCGACUCGGCUUCCAGUGCAGCUUCUACGAAGAUUUCGCCUUGCGUGGCAUCCGUGUCGAUUCGGUCCAGCCUGGCUUCGUUUCCUGCACUUUCAGAGUCCCUCCUCGCCUCACUGAUAAAAGUGGGAACUUAGCAACAGGUGCUGUUGCAAAUCUUGUCGAUGAAGUCGGAGGGGCUAUUGUUCAUGUCGAAGGUCUUACUAUGAAUGUUUCAGUCGAUAUGUCCAUCUCGUUCCUCGGAACUGCUAAACUCAAUGAUGAAUUACAGAUUACUUCAAAGGUUUUAGGACGAAGAGGAAGUUAUUCAGGUGCAAUUGUUCUUGUCAGAAACAAAGUGACAGGGGAGUUAAUAGCUGAAGGUCGCCAUUCAUUGUUUGAUAAACAUGGUAGCAAACUCUAGUUUCAUUCCUAGUUUGUGUAAGAAAAUCCCUAUAAGGUACUGGUCUUCUAGUACUGCUAUGUACUGAACUGCUUUCUUGCAUGUACAUUGUGUGAUUUUGGACCGAAUAAAGAUUCUAGUAUGGCCCAUUUUUGCUCCA